AUGAUCGCAGCGCAGAGCGGGAGUCCCACCUUCCUCGGCGCUCGCCAUGCUCGCCGAUGUCCCUGCUCCCGGAGACCGUCCGCUCGCUCGCUGCCUCUUUCAUUGAACCCUGGACGCCGGCGGAUGGCCUCCUCUUUCCCUUCGAAGCGGCCUUCGCUCGGGAAACUGGAGGGGAAUGGCGUCGGCCGGAUAUCUUGCUGCUCCUCUUCGGUUGACCCUCCGGCGAAGGCUCUGCGGAAGAUUCUGGAGUCACCAGGGAUCCACCAGGGGCCCGCUUGCUUCGACGCCCUCAGUGCUAAGCUCGUUGAGCACGCGGGAUUCAAGUUCUGCUUCACGAGCGGUAGGUGUUUGAUAUAUCCCACCGGGGCUUUGCUUCACUUUUUCUUUCCGAUAGGGAAAAAAUAGGCGUUUAUUUUUUCCGUCUCUAUCAGCAUGGGGCGAUGGUUAUUAUUUGGACGUUCUUUCUUGAAUGUGUGCUUACUUGAUCAUGUCUUUUUGUCAUACUGUUAGGUUAAAGUUUGCUCAUCGAACGUACGAUCGAUAAAGCAAGUAAAUUUUAAUUGCAUUUUACGAACAUAAUUUUAAAACAUUUUAUCCCAGAUUAUUCAAUGAAGAUAUUAGAGGCAUGCGGAAUUUUAUGGAUGACCUCUUAUACGCUCUUCACGUGAUAGUGACGGUGAGGUAAGAAGAAACUGUGAGAGGGAAGAAUCACUGUGCAUUCGCCUCUGGACGGCCUUCUAGAAAGUCUCGACAAGAUCUUCCUGUCCAUGCUUCUGGACGAAACCUUGAAAGAAAGGCAGGUCACUGUUAACACUUUAUUCUUAACACAAUGAAAAUAGCAACAUUGUUGCAGAAAUUUUGAGCGGCGAAUUUUUUAAUUGUAUCCAUGGAUUAGUAAUUAAGUCGAUUUCUUCUCAAACACUCAUGUCAUGCCUCAUCGUGUACCUCCAUUGUAUUCACAAUGUUUUUUUGAGAUAUAAAAUGACAAAACUCUUACAGAAUCAUCCAGUGCAAAGGGUAAGAUUUCUAACGGCCGGCUCUUUUUCUCAGGAUUUUCAGUUUCAGCUGCUAGAUUGGGUUUGCCAGAUGUUGGUCUUAUUUCUUACGGUGAAAUGGUUGAUCAAGGGGCACAAAUUACUCAAGCUGUCUCAAUUCCUGUUAUUGGAGAUGGAGAUAAUGGAUAUGGUAAUCAUAUGAAUGUUAAGAGGACUGUUAAGGGCUUUAUCAAAGCUGGUUUUGCAGGAAUCAUUCUUGAAGAUCAGGUUAACUAUCUAUGACAAAAUUAUUUUUUUAUUAUUUUAGAUGAUUCUUAUUUAAAAACAUUGACUGUGGUGAGUCCACUUGUAGAUUUAAAAAAAAAAAAUAGUGUACUAGUUUUCUUAGUUUGGAGAUACUGAUGGUUGCAAUGAAGAACUAGGAUUGAGAGUAUCUUGUCUUCCUCCUGUGCCUCUUCCACAGGUGUUGCCUAAAGCUUGCGGGCAUACUCAGGGGAGGAAAGUAGUCUCAAGGGAGGAGUCAGUGAUGCGCAUAAAGGCAGCAAUUGAUGCUCGGGAAGAAAGUGGUUCUGACAUUGUUAUCGUUGCACGCACUGAUUCUCGUCAAGCUGUAUCCUUGGAAGAAUCACUUUGGAGGUCACGGGCCUUUGCUGAUGCUGGAGCAGAUGUCCUUUUCAUUGAUGCACUUGCUUCUCGAGAAGAGAUGAAAGCCUUGUGUGAUAUUUCUCCUCUUCUUCCUAAGAUGGUAUGCCGCCUUGAUAUUGCUUGUGCAAAGUUUUUACGCCAGCAGCUAACGGGUCCAAAAUUUUCUUGUAGGCAAACAUGCUUGAAGGUGGGGGCAAGACCCCCAUACUGAACCCAAUCGAACUCGAGGAAUUGGGCUUUAAAAUCGUCAGCUAUCCACUCUCCCUGAUUGGGGUUUCCAUCCGAGCAAUGCAGGUGGGAAAUUUAAAAAUCACGAUCUUUAUUUAAUCUGUUCACUAAUGUCAUUUUCGAUGCACACAAAGUAUAACACUACAUUUUUUUGAAUUUUCCAUGCUUUUGAACUAGAGAGUUGGAGAAUGUAUGCAAUCCCUUAGAUGAUUUUAGAGCGUGUAAGAAUACAUCUUGAAUAUAUUUCUUGGGUACACAACCUCAUAUUUGGUCUCUCAUUCAUGCCCAUAUUUCUUAGGAUAUGCCUCAUUGUCCUCAAUCACAGGCAUCAUUUUGCAUCUUGGUCAGAAUCUUUGUUGGGCCUCGCCUCGCUUGACAAAUUAUCGAUAUUUCUAGGAUGCACUCGUGGCAAUUAAAAGCGGUCGGGUCCCUCCUCCCGGAAGCUUGCCGUCUUUCGAAGAAAUCAAAGAUACCAUCGGCUUCAACAAUUACUAUGAAGAAGAGAAGCGUUACACCACCACUGUCUCUCAAUUUUCCACUCGAAGCGGUACGUGCGUGCUCCUCUGUGCCUCACACCCCCUUCCAUACCUCUAACUCCACCUCUAAUCCUCUCUACUUUCUGUACAACCGGCGACAAUUCUGCCAGCGCAGAUAAUUACACAGCCCAACUAACCAGCCGUGAUUACACCGAACCAGCAUACCCUAAAGUCGAAGUGCUCCAGAACAGCGACCCAUAUGAUUCCAGGGGCCUCCUCUCUGGAAUAUGGUCCCGCACCCUGAGGAUCAAGAUUACAGCAAGGGAUGGGUUCGACAAACUUGACAUCAGGAUUCCUGUAAGCCUCUGGCCCCAUGGCAUCUAAGGAACAUGACUGUGGGGGGCGUUCAGCCCACGAGGACCCAUCUGAUGGCGCAUUGAUGUGCUUGCAUGCAGGCGGGCUUCCUUGAAGGAGCGACCAAGAUAAUCCCUGGUAUGGAAACUCCUUCCACCCGAGAUCGGCCUUCUUGUGGAAAUUUCUUGUGAAAAAAAGGCGGCUUCUUUGCCUCAGGCUUGGCAGGUGUGAAUAUCAUGGACAUGCUGGAAGAUGCCGCCAAGGAUGUCGUCGUCGACGGUUCUCAAGUGGGGAAGGUGCUUCUGGACAUCGACGACGCCAGGGGUGACCGGAUUCAAGUGUUUGUGGAGUGA